UACUUCAUCGCCUUCUUUCGUUUGGCCUUUGAAUCUCAUAUCAAAGCUUUUUUGCGUUUAUCUUCUUGUCGAUUCAGCUAAGUAUUCGAUUGCUCCGUUCCUUGCUUCUAAGAUAAUUCAUCUCCUUUCUUUGAUUCUUAUCCCUCUCUUCUGUCCUCAGAUCUAGAUCUAGAUCUCUUAGGUUAUUAUUAUUAUUAUUUUUUCUCGUCGGGUAAUUUGGCUGGGGAUUGUUCUGAUAUAGGGUUUGGUUUUGGGAAUUUUGAAAAAAAGAAUAUAGGAAUGAAUCUAUGAGCUACUCAAUCCUGUUUCGUCGGAUUCGAAUUCUACACUCUUUCUCCGUCGUUUAUCUCUACUACACCUACGUUUUCUCAUGAAGUAAUCGCUCUCCAUCUCAUCUUUUUGUUUUUCGUUCCAAUUUUCGUUUUGAUCUAACUUUAUUCUUUCAUAGAUUAGUAAUCUCGGGAGUUUUGAGUAAGAAUUUGGGGGGUUUUUAUAGGACGAAAGAUAUCUAGAAGAAGAAGAAGAAGAAUAUUUUAUUGUAAUUUUUUAAUUUUGGGUGAGAAAAAAAAAGUCAACGAAAUGGGGUCGUUGCAAAGGCAAACAAGUCCUGAAUCCGAUAAUGAUCCGAGGUACGCCUCUGUGACGGAUGAGAGGAAGAGGAAGAGAAUGAUCUCUAACAGAGAAUCAGCUCGCCGGUCAAGGAUGAGGAAGCAGAAGCAGCUUGGUGAUCUCAUCAACGAAGUCACUGUUCUCAAGAACGACAACGCUAAAAUCACUGACCAGGUUGAUGAAGCUUCUAAGAAAUACGCUGAAAUGGAGUCUAAGAACAAUGUCUUGAGAGCUCAGGCUUUGGAGUUGACGGACAGGUUGAGAUCGUUGAACUCUGUCCUUGAGAUGGUCGAAGAGAUUAGUGGUCAGGCUUUGGAUAUUCCUGAGAUCCCUGAAUCUAUGCAGAACCCUUGGCAGAUGCCUUGCCCUAUGCAACCGAUCAGGGCUUCUGCUGAUAUGUUUGAUUGCUGAGGAAUGAUUCCGGAUCCAAAGUAGCAUUGAGAUCGAGUCUUUGGUCUGAUUACUCUUGUUGGUUUUUCUUUUCUUUUCUUGUGAUGGUUCCGAGUUUUGUAACAAUUAGUGUGUCAUUGGUGAAUGAGUCUUGUGUUGUGUUGGUGGAUCAUGUCCGUCAGCACAAUCUUGAUAAGUACCUUCUGUCUCUGGUUUCUGCUGUUUCAGUUUGUCCGGUCUUUGUUUGGUUUUAGCCCUAGUCCUCUAGUCAUGUGCCGUCUUGUCAUGUAAUUGGUGGCUAAUGUAUUUCUUAUUGAAUUCAAGCUUACUUAUUGGUC